AUGCUGAUGGCAUCUCCAACAACGUUUAAUAGUUCAACAAGUAUCGCCAAUGGAAAUGAUUUGAAGAAUCUCUCGAUUGCAGAAUAUUCCGUAGAAGAUAUUGAACGUAUAAUCAAUGAUUUUUAUUCCCCAACGUCACAAUUAACUGUUCCACAACGUCAACAAUUGAAUAAUAUUCUCGAAUGUUUACAAUAUUCUCCAUUAGCAUGGGACUUUUCCUGGAAGUUGUUAAUCACAACAAAAUCACCCAGCGUUCAAUUCUUUGGUGCUGUUGCCCUAUGUAAUAAAAUUUCCAAACAUCUAUCCGAAUUAGAUGAUAAUCAAAUUCAACAGCUGUUUCAACAACUUAUCCAACGUUUAAUCUUCUAUAUAUCAAUCAAUUCUAAACAAAUAACUAUUAAAUUAGUUGUGGCUCUAGGACAUUUGAUAUUGAACAUGAUGCCAGAUAAAUGGAAGAAUGGAAUAACAGCGAUUAUUACCCUAUUCACUCAAUCAGACAAUGAAUUUUUAGUUAAACAUCCGGAAAAAGGACAUUUAAUCGUUUUAAACAUUUUAACAAUUCUCCCUGAAGAAUUCUCGCGUAUUGUUGUCUCGAAAACUCAGCGUGCAUCGAUUCGAGUAGAACUGGAAAGUCAAUUCCCUACUGUCCUUAGUUAUAUUCAAUUUAUCAUUGCAACGUAUAAUCAAGCGGAUGUUCUUGGUAAAAUGUUCUCAUGUCUAUCGAAAUGGUUGGAAUUCGGUAUAUCAAUCGUCAAAGUCGAUUCACUUUUUGAUUAUCUCUUCAAUUCAUUAAAUAACGAAAGUAUUUUUGAUGACGCUUCGGAUUGUAUUAUUGUACUUUUCACAUCACCUGACGCAUUAAAAUAUCCUACAGUAUUUACACGUUUGUUACCCUACGUUUUACAACUUGAAACUAUACUUGACCAAGCGUUAAUGGUUGGUGACAAGGAAAAAUCGGAAUGUAUAACGAAAUUAAUCACCCAAUUUGGUGAAAAUCUCGCUCAACUCAUCAUUCAAAUGGCGAUUACACCGAAUCAGCAACUGCAGACGCUUUCACAUAGAUUUUGUUGUCUUGUGAUGAAAUGUACGGAUAUGAAAGGGCAAUAUCCUGUGGAAGAAACUUGUUCGGAAUUAACAUUCAGCUUUUGGUAUGCAUUACAAGAGGAAGUUACAUCAAUCGAUGAAGAUGAAAAACAAAUGAUUCUACUAGAGAUAUUUCGGCCAUACUUUGAACGGUUGAUCGAAGUCUUAAUUUGCAAAGGACAAUUGCCAGAAAAUGAUAAUAUGUUUACAAGUGAAGAUAAAGAAACAUUUCGAUGUUAUCGUGUGGAUAUAUCAGAUACGAUGAUGUGUAUGCAUAAUGUUUUGGGUAACCGGGCUAUUGAAGUCCUAGCCAAUCAUCUGUUGAUAGCUGUUGAACAAAAUCAAUCCUGGCAGCGACAAGAAUCUAUCAUUCAGUUAGUCGGUGCUGGUUCCGAAUAUGUUCCACUUGACGAGAAUCAAGUUCUACCACGGAUUUUUUCCCUUUUACCAAAAUUAAAUUUUUGUAAUAGUUCUAUUAUCAAUGCAACACUGAUGGUGCUUGGACAAUACAGUAGCUGGUUAGGUCAUCAUCAAGAAACUUUACAAAAUUGUGUACAUUUAUGUAUUAAUGCUUUAUCAAAUCCUGAAUUAAUUCAAUCAGCUUCCAUUGCUCUAAAAGAAUUAACAAUGGAAAAUCGUAUGCAUAUGUCAAAAUAUCUCAAUGACAUUUUUCCCAUAAUAAAAAAUGUUCUGGAGAAUGUUCAUGUACAACCAAAUGAUCGUAUUCGUUGUGUAGCAAUUAUUGGUUAUAUUCUCUCAGCGUACCCAUCUAAAAUUGUCAUCGAUCAUUUGAAUAUCUUACUUGCACCUGAAGUGAAUAAACUGUUAGCUUAUUUAUCUGAAGCAAGUACUGAUCAGAAUGUUGUGUUACGAAAACAAAAUAUAUGUACAACAUUAAGUUUUAUUUCUGUUCUUAUUACGGCUAUUGGUUACUGUGGUGAUCAAAGUGAUAAUGAAGAAAGCGAACAACAAGAAAAAGCUAAUGAAGCUGUCAGUGAAAUACCAGAAGUGUUAUGUUGUGUGUUGCGUGAUCUUGAUCCGAUACUUCAUAUGGUUCUCAAACAAUAUGCUGAUGAUAAUGAAGUAACUGAAAAAUUGUGUGAAAUUCUUUCGCGAACAGUUACAACAUUGAGAGAAUCAAGUAGUCCGAUAUUGAAUACACUCUUACAAUUAUUACAAAACAUUGGACCAAAUAUAUUACAUUUACAAUUUUUGAAUUUCGUUCGAAAUACACUUCUUCUCUUCUCUCAAGAUACAGAGAAGCAAACAUUUAAUCUAUUUCUUGCUGUUCUACAACGAUUCGGAUGUCUUUUCAAUGGAGAUAUUCAAUGGUUGAAAAAUCAUGUUGAUAUCGUCGAAGAUUUUGCAAAUUUUCUUAUUCAAGUUAUCAAAAAAUUACCACAUGUUGUACACCAUUGUCCCAACGAAGCGUUCAUUUUACUUUUUCAAUUUGUAAAAAGUGGCCUUCAAUUACAUGAACAAACGACAUUACGAAGUGUGAUCAUGUUUACGUCGAAUUACAUUGAAUACACAAAAUCAAAUCAACGUGCUGCUGAUCUUUUACAACAGAAUGGUCUCGAAAUUGUUCAAAUUCUUCUUAAGUGUAUCGGCGGAGCAAGUCCACGUCAUUUAGUCGAUACAUUAUCAUUACCAUUAUUCAGUCUCUCAAAAUUAUACAUUGACUGGACAUCAACUUGGGUUCAACAAUGUUUAAAUGAUCCUAAUUUUCCAACGCCAUCUCCUAAACGACAUCAUCGUGAAGCAUUAAUCAAAGCUUUAACAUCUGAACGUACUAGCCGUGCGAAUUUUAAAGAUCAUAUCAACACGUUUUCAUCUGCAUGUCGUGGAAUAGAUUACACAGGAACAAUGUCGAAUAAGAAUCGCUCAUGA